CCCCGCCGCUGUGAUGGUUCGCACCUGGCGGGGUACCAGGCCCUGGCGGGUCAGGAGUGCUCACCCCAACCACGUCCCUCCAGAUCGCACUAAGAUGGCUUAUCACGGUGUGCUUUCGGUAGGAUACUUGGAGAUAACUGUGCUAAGGGCACUGCCGCCAGGCUGACAGACCAAGCGGCAAGAUCUCACUCUGGUGCUGCUUUUAUGCUCACGCCUUUCAGGUUGCUCUGGGCAGGGUUACUUGGCGCUGCACAAAGUGGCCGUUCCGCCCCCGAGGAUCCCGUGAAGCUCUCGGGGAGGCAGAGGGCGGUGACGGCGGAGACGCUGCCGGACGGGCUCAGAUUUGUGCUGCCUCACUGCCCUGCCACGCUUUGGCUAGGUUUUCGCCAUGGGCUGUGCUGUCGGUAGGACGUGGGCCUGCCGGUGAGCUCAGGCUGCCAUGAAGAGCGGUUUGAGUGCAGGUACACAGAGAGAGAACAGUGCAAAUAGGGGACAGCUUAGAUUGGAAGGGGUCUUCCUGCUGGACACGGUGUAGGGGUGCCCAGCUGUUGUGAAUCCAUCUGGGAGGAAACGUUAGUGCAGUCUGGAGGGGCUGCUGCUAGCACAUCUGUUCCCCUGAUUCUUGCUGUUGGAGGAAGCCAGUCAUGGGGGAAACAGGCAAAGAAGAGUAUAAAAUACAGUCGUUUGACAUUGAGACUCAGAAGCUGCUGAAAACAGCACUCAAAGGUAUGUUGGAGCAAGCAAGGCACAAGAAAUAUUGGAUCCAGACAGUAUUUCUCCUCUCUACAGACCCCAGCAAUGUGGACCUGGACAAAGUGGCCAAUGUUAUAGUUGACCAGUCCCUCAAAGACUGUGUGUUCAGCAAAGAGGCAGGGCGCAUCUGCUACACCAUCAUCCAGGCAGAGAGCAAACAGGUCGGCCAGAGCAUCUUCCGGAGGAGCCUGCUGAACCGGCUGCAGCAGGAGUACAAGGACAGAGAGGAUUUGCGCAACCGGUCGCUGCAGGCGUGGAUCUGCUAUGUCACAUUCAUCUGCAACAUCUUUGACUACCUGAAGGUGAACAACAUGCCCAUGAUGGCUUUGGUGAACCCUGUUUACGACUGUCUGUUCCGACUAGCACAGCAUGAUAGCCUGCAGAAGGAAGAAGAGGUGGACUGCUUGGUCCUACAGCUCCACCGCAUUGGUGAACAGCUGGAGAAGAUGAACUCCCAGCGGAUGGAUGAGCUCUUCUCACUCCUUCGAGAUGGCUUCCUUUUACAGGAGGGGCUCAGCUCCCUGUCACAGCUCCUGCUGCUGGAGAUCAUUGAGUUUCGGGCUGCUGACUGGAAGAUGACAGAUGCUGCCCAGAAAUAUUAUUAUAGCGAAGUGACAGAUUAAGCCCUCUACAGCAGAGGUGGAGAGAUGUCCACAGCACUUUCACCAGCAAGCUUCAUACCAAGUUUGAAUUUCUUUUUUUAAGCACUUCUUGUAAAUAGGAUUUAUCCUGGCUAAAGCCUCUGGGUAUUUAACUGUCAUCUAUCAGUCUGUGACCGGUGCUAGCCUGAUUUUGGAUAUUUAGGCAGGGGGGCACACUGAAACCAGCAAGUUCUUCCACUCAUUUUGUUUAAUGAUGGGCUGCUGCCAGCAGAAGGCAAGGAAGGCUUAAACCAGCAUUUUAUACAAGUAUUAAGGAAAGCUGAGAGCAUGGUGGUUGAGCCAAGAGCCAACACUGCUGAGGGAGGCAAAGGAGAAAUGUUUCACAGCUCACAGUCCCAGACCAGGUUGUUUAGGAAAAGUUACAGAAAAUACUGUGGUCAGAUACAUCACAAAUAGCUCACCAAAUUGCUGCUUUCCACUGAUUACUUCCAGCAGACUGGCAGUAUCUGCAUAGGUGUAUGACUGUGGGUUGUUAGCUACCAAUAUCUGCUGGCAGUCUUCAGCAGGAUAAGGGUUCUCGAGCACAUGUAGCUAGAAACAAGCUUUUUUUAUAUGUUUUAUACAGUAACUGUUCUGGGUCUUUUCAAAAUCUAUUAAGGUUCAAGUAUGGUAUGUUUGUAUAUGGUAUGAGAAUAAGAAUGGGGAAGGAAGAAAGAAAACAAAAUAGUCUAUUGGGUGUCUUUUGUAAUAAAAGUUUUCCACUAACAUGUGCUCUGCUUUCUCUCUGAGCAUCUGCUGAGAUGUAAGCAAUACUAAAAAGUUGGUCCUGACUGAGGCAAGAAGGUUGUGAUGUUAAUUAUUUCUUCCCGAAUAGAAUGACAGAGGGGGUUCAUGCAACCAGAGAAGCUGGAAAGAACAGUGUGCGAUUGAAGCAACAGACAAAGGUUUGGAAUCAAGAAACCUUCUCCAUAAAGCAUUGGUAUUAUUUUUUUUCUGUUAACAUCUCCCUGACAUCCAUGCAAUGUUGCUGAUGAGCAGAACUGAAAGUCAAGGCUAGUUAUGGUGCGGGAAAAAACCCUCCAGAUCUGCUCUUUCCUACUUAUGCAGCCAGAAAGAGAAAAAUGUUGCUGCAAGAGCAGAGAUUUAAAAGUCUCUAGGAAACACAUUAAGUAGAAUAUUUUGUACAGCGUUGCAUCUAAAGCUUGUCUCCACAGGAAAGUGAUUACGAAAAACGAGUAUAUCUGUGCAGGGAUCAGUAACUACUUCAGAUUCCCCCUUUUCCCAUCCAGAUAAGCACAAAGCAAAUGAACUGUGUGGGGACUAGAGAAACUUUCCUUGGCUUAGUUCAGAAGCUGUCCAGAAGGGAUUUUCCACCUUUCCCUCUAAUCCCCAGCUUCUCUCAACCAGGUGGCCCUGGGACUCCGCUCCCCAGGUCUUGAGAGCAGUGACAGAGCUCUGCAGUGUGUGCACCCCGUGCAGCGGCCCUACCACCAGCGGAAGUGGGCAUAAGCCCGGUUGGCCUCUGCCAUCUUGUGCAGCACAUGCUUCUUCUUGAUGAUGGGUCCUUCGUUGUUGAAGGCCUGGAUCAGCUCCUCGGAGAGCUUCUCAGGCAUCAGCGUCCGGCGGUGCUUGUUCUCCCUGCACUCAGUGAUUAACCACUUCAUGGCCAAGAAGCGCUUCCGGUUGUCCUUCAAAGGCACCGGGACCUGGGACACAUUUAAACCACAACAGUUACUGUACAGAGAGCGACAGCAGCCUGUACUGUUACCUUUGAUCUUUUCUGCUACGGUGACCUAAGUCAGAGCUUUGGAGCUUCUACUCAAGUGCCAUGAUGUAGCAAAGAGGGUGGGACCGCUAGCGCUAGUACUGCCGAUUCUUUUGCUGCCUUCCACUGAUCUCUGACUCCUUAGGCAAUGUUUGCUUCAUAUCUGUCUUAGUUCCACUGAAAUCAGUUUUUCCUCAAAGUUUUCACUAUGUUUGGCAUUAAAAGAAAAACAAAACUGAUAA